AUGGGAGACUUCAGUGCCAAUGUUGGAGGAGAAAGGGCCGGUGAAAAGUUCGGUGGUACUGUAGAGCAAAAUGAGCCAGAAGAUCGGCUAGUGACGAUGGCAGAAACGAAACACCUGUACAUUGACAACAGUCGGUUCAAAGAAAAGACCAACAAAAAAUGCGCAUCGAUCGCGCCCAACACGGUGACGGAGAGCGAGAUCGACGUCGCCCUGUUCAAUAACCGCCGCAACAUCCUAGGCAGCAGUAUUGGCAUCAUUUAA